UAUUUUAUAAUAGGUUGUGAUGGAUGUUUUAUAAAGAAAUAACUAUAAUAGAAGAAAUAGUUAAUUGAAGAAAGAAAAGUUAAAUAAGAACUGAAAGUCAAAAUGCCUGGAAUGGUACCAUCAGUUCUUACUCAACAGGACCCAGUUACACAGAUGAAUACCUAUCGUUCAUUCGUAUCAAUGCUAGUUGAUCCUGCUGCAAAGGAUGAAAGCAAAUUGAAGGCUGCUCAAGAACUAAGUGAAGAUUUAGAAACAAUUGUAUCAUCUCCUCAGUAUCCUUCAUUUCUUGAACAUGCAUUGAAAAUAUUUUUAAAAAUUUUACAAGAAGGAGAACCUUAUUUUAUUGCAGAACAUAACGUGCAACAAUUACGAAAAUUAAUUCUUGAAAUAAUUCAUCGUAUACCUGCAAAUGAUCAUUUAAAACCUCAUGCCAGGCAAAUAUUAUCAUUAAUGUUCCAAUUAUUAGAGAUAGAAAAUGAAGAAAAUGUUUUAGUAUGCUUACGCAUAAUUAUUGAAUUACAUAAACAGUUUCGUCCUCAGUUUAGUCCUGAAAUUCAAAGAUUUCUACAAUUCGUAAAGAAUAUUUAUAAAGAAUUACCUAAUCAUUUAAAUAAAAUUUUUGAACCUCGUCAUACAUUGAAAGUAAAGGAUAUUUCUGAAGUAAAUAUAAGUGCUUUGUUAAUGGAAACAUUUACAAUAACCAAUAUUCAGACUGAGAAAAAAAAUCAAGAUGCUACAAUAUUGACUUAUAACAUUAUUCCCAAAGCUGUUUUAUCAUUAAAAGUAUUAGCUGAACUACCUAUUAUUGUUGUAUUAAUGUAUCAACUAUAUAAACAAAGUGUACAUCAAGAAGUUUCUGAAUUUAUUCCGUUGAUUAUGAUAACUAUUACAUUACAGCCAACAUCUACUCACAGAUCAAGUUCAUCUUUUAAUAAAGAAGUUUUUGUGGAUUUUAUGGCUGCCCAAAUAAAAACGUUAUCCUUCUUAGCAUAUAUAGUGAGAAUUUAUCAGGAUAUAGUUAACAUUCAUUCAAGUCAGUUGGCUAAAGGAAUGCUUGGUUUGUUAACUUUAUGUCCUCAUGAAGUAGCACAUCUUAGGAAAGAACUGUUGAUAGCUGCACGUCAUAUUUUAGCAACAGACCUUCGAGAAAAGUUUGUGUCUUGCUUAAACCAGUUUUUUGAUGAAACCAUUUUGAUAGGAUCUGGAUGGACAGCGUAUGAAUCCUUAAGACCUUUAGCUUACAGCACUCUUGCUGACCUAGUUCAUCAUGUUCGUCAACAUCUUCCAUUAAAAGAAUUAUCAUCUGCUGUUACUGUAUUUUCUAAAAAUGUACACGAUGAAUCUUUGCCUACUUCUAUUCAAACCAUGUCUUGCAAAUUACUUUUAAAUCUUGUUGAAUGUAUAAGAGGAAAAUCAGAUAGGGAAAGUGGAAAUGGUAGAGAGCUUUUAAUGCGAAUGUUAGAAGUAUUUGUAUUAAAAUUUAAAACUAUUGCAAAAUUGCAAUUGCCAGUUUUAAUGCAAAAAUAUCGCCAACAGUCUGGAACAACAACUUCCAUUUCUUCCCAGACUUCUGUUCAACCCCCAGCAACUCCUACUACACCCCAAAUGAUUGCACCACCAAUGAUUGGUUUGGUACCAUCUGGAUUUGGAGAAGUGAAACUUGAGGUUAAAGAUGAUACAAAAACAUCAUUUUCUGUUGGUGGUUUAAAUGAGAGUAAAGAUGAGAAGAGGUUUGGCUUUCCAGCUUCACAAGCUUCGAAUUAUACUGUCUCUGAUUGUCGUAGUUUAGUCAAAACACUUGUAUGUGGAGUUAAAACGAUAACUUGGGGUAUUGCUUCUUGUAAAGUUAUUGGAGAUUCAACUUUGACACAAAAUAAACAGUUUCAACCAAAGGAAACACUUGUAUUUAUUCGUUUAGCCAAAUAUGCUCUACAAGCUUUAGAUAUCUAUACUCUUUCUGUUCCAGCACAAGGACAACCACAACCUAGACAAUCGUCUGUACAGACUGUGCGGUCAAAGGAAGAAAAAGAAGUAUUAGAACAUUUUGCUGGUGUUUUUACAAUGAUGAAUCCAAUGACCUUUAGAGAAGUAUUUUCAACAACUAUUGAGUAUGUUGUUGAAAGGAUAUACAAGAAUUUUGCUUUGCAGCUUGUUGCUAAUUCCUUUCUUGCAAAUGUGUCAACUUCACCAGUUUUUGCAACAAUUCUUGUAGAAUAUUUAUUAAAUAGAAUGGAUGAAAUGGGAUCAAAUAUGGAACGUUCUAACUUGUACCUGAAACUUUUCAAGUUAGUAUUUGGUUCGGUUUCAUUGUUUGCUGCUGAAAAUGAACAAAUGUUAAAGUUAUGUAAUGAAAGAUUAAAUAGUUUACAGAGUGGUUUGCAUAAGCAACACAUGAAAGAUUUAUUUGUAGAAUUAUGUUUGACUGUUCCUGUAAGACUUAGUUCUCUGUUGCCGUAUUUGCCAAUGCUUAUGGAUCCUUUAGUUUCAGCUCUGAAUGGAUCACAGACUCUGGUUAGCCAGGGAUUGAGGACAUUGGAGUUAUGUGUAGAUAAUUUGCAGCCUGACUUUUUAUAUGAUCAUAUUCAGCCUGUUAGAGCAGAGUUGAUGCAAGCAUUGUGGAGAACAUUACGAAACCCAGUAGAUGGAAUUGCACAGGUAGCAUUUAGGGUUCUUGGAAAGUUUGGAGGAGGAAAUAGAAAAAUGAUGAUGGAGCCACAGAAGCUGGAAUAUAAUGAUAGUGAAAGUGUUGGACCAUGCAUAACUGUUUAUUUUCAAGAACAGAAAAAUCCUAUUGCAUUACCUGUUGAUAAGAUUGUUGAAACAGCAUUUAAUGCUUUGAAAUCAAGUACAACAGAUCCAUUUUAUAGGAAACAAUGUUGGGAAGUUAUAAAAGGAUUUCUUGUUGCCAAUAUACAACAAGAUGAUAACAGACAUAACAUGCAGCAAUUAUUUUCUCAUCCUAGGAUAUGCAUAUUACAACUUGUGUUUGAAAAUGCAAAUGAACAAAAUAAUAUGUUCAGAUGUAUUUCAUUGAAAUUCUUAUUCGAACGGAUGACAUUAAAAUGGGUAUUUGCUCAUCAGUACUUAUUUUUGAGAGCUUUAUUAUUUGUCAUGAUGGAUUUAACAGGAGAAGUAUCGAGUGGUGCAGUAGAUAUGGCAAAAUCUAAUCUUGAAAAAAUGCUUACACUUUGUGGGACACCUAUUAUUCCUGAUGGAACAAAUAAAGAACUUAUUGAUGCACAAACAAAAUCACUUCAUGAAGUUAUUCAAGAAUUGGUUCGUCAAGUAACAUCUCCUAAUACAUGUGUACGAGAACAAGCUAUGCAUUCUUUGAAAGUUUUAGCAAAAGUAUCUAAUAAGAGUGUUACAGAAAUAAUGGAUCCACAUAAAGAUGUUUUAGCAGAUAUGAUUCCUCCUAAAAAACAUCUUUUACGUCAUCAGCCUGCAAAUGCCCAAAUUGGACUCAUGGAUGGAAACACUUUUUGUACCACACUUGAACCAAGACUGUUUACAAUUGAUUUGAACAUAGUGGAACAUAAAGUAUUUUUUACAGAACUGAUAGCACUUUGUGAAACAGAAGAUAAUUUAUUAUUGAGAUUACCUUGUUAUAAAGCAAUUACUAAUUUAGUGCCAUUAAGAAAAUCUGCAUUAAGAGCACUUGCAGCAUGUCAUUAUAUUCCUCAGUGCAAAGAUAAAAUUCUUAAUAUUUUAUAUAAAGCCCUGAAUACUUCAAAUGUAGAAUUGCAGGUAGCGAGCUUUGAAUGUAUGAAAAAAUUUUUAGGUGGUGCCCAAUUUGACAUGGAAAAGAUUCACAACAUGAUCAGAGGAUUAUUAGGACAGCUGGGAGAUGUGAGAAAUUUAAAUCUUGGUAUAGUUCAGCAUUACAGUUAUUUAACUCAGUUGUUUCCUAAUAUAUUUAAUAAAAAAUUCUGUGAACAUCUAUUAAAUCAUCUGAAACACUGGUUGGAAAUAAUUGUUUCUCGUGGUUCUCAAAGAUUGAAUAGUUCUGAAAUGAAGAUGUGUAUUUGUAUUGUUAAUAUAUUUCAUCAGAUGCCAGUUGCCACAGAACAGUUCAUUGAGCCAUUAGUUACUCUUAUUUUAAAAACUGAAAAAGCAUUAUUAUUGGAAGCCAGCAGUCCUUUUCGUGAACCACUUACAAAAUUUUUACAACAUUAUCCAAGUCAUACAUUAGAACUUUUACUUAAUGAGACAUAUAUUCAAGAUGAGUCUGUAAGCAGAUUUUUGGAGUAUCUUCUGAAAGGAGAAUCAGGAAGACCAUUUCGUGAAAUUCUUCAGCAGAAUCCUGCCCAUCUCAUCAAUAUGGCACUGGGAGUGGUCCAGUCACAAGCACAGUUAUCACCUUCACCUCCUGUUCCAGGAAUGGUAGGCCAGUUAUCUCCCAGUCAGUCUGGAAGUACUUUAUGUCAAUCAGCUUCCAGAAAUGAAUUACAGUAUCAAGCAAUUAGAACUGUAAGUUUAUUAGUGCAGCAUGAUGAUCAAUGGUUAUCAACUCAACCGCAUUUGAUUGAAUGUCUUAGAAAAGUAUGGAUAUCAGAUGAGUUCCAAUUAAGGCACCAAAAAGCUGAUUCUGUUGAUUUUGUACAAUGGAAAGAACCAAAAUUGUUAGCUAAAUGUCUUCUGAAUUAUGUGAAACAUCAUCCAAAUGAAAUUGAGUUGCUUUUUCAGCUUUUAAGGGCUUUCACUGGUAGAUUUAUACCAGAUUUUGAGUUUUUGAGAGACUUUUUAGAGAAUACAGUUGCAAAUAAUUACACUGUUGAAUGGAAGAGAAUGGCAUUUUUUAAAUUUGUUGAAUUAUUUCAUGAUAAUUCUUUCCCUCAAGAACUAAAAGCAAAAAUUUUACAGUACAUUAUUAUACCAUCUUUUGCUGUUGCUUUUGAACGUGGUGAAGGUGAGAGACUGAUUGGUGGGCCACCAACUCCUGAUCAGGAUCUUCCAGAUAAUGUUAUUAGUAUGUUUAUUAACAAAGUAAUUGAUCCAGAAAAACCAUUUGGAACAUCAGAUGCAGUCAGGAUUCUAUUACUUCAGUUUUCCUGCUUGCUAGUAGAACAGGCAUCACCACACAUUCAUGAUGCAGCAAACAAGAGACAGGGUAUGAAACUUCGCAGACUAAUGACAUUUGCUUGGCCUUGUUUAUUGGCUAAAAACUGUGUUGAUCCUGCAACUAAAUAUCAUGGCCAUCUUCUCUUAGCUCAUAUCAUUGCCAAAUUUGCUAUUCAUAAGAGAAUCGUACUACAGGUUUUUCAUAGUCUUUUGAAAGCUCAUGCUGUAGAAGCAAGAACAGUUGUAAAACAAGCUUUGGAAAUUCUUACUCCUGCAAUGCCAGCACGGAUGGAAGAUGGUAACACAAUGCUCACUCACUGGACUAAAAAAAUAAUUGUUGAAGAAGGCCAUACCCUCGCACAAUUAGUACACAUGCUUCAAUUAUUAGUACGCCAUUACAAGGUAUUACUGUUUAUAAUUCUAAUUUUAAAAUUAGUUUAUGUUGAAGCUGGUCCUUCAACUUCAUCUAUUAUGAAUGUAAGAAGAACAAUACCGACAAAUGAUCCGCAAGAAUUAAAGAGAGUACGAAAUCCUUCAGGCACCAAUGUAAAACCAGUUCCAGACAGUAAUCGACCAGUGGAUAAAGCUCAUGCUGAUGCAGUUGUUAAUUUUCUAUUACGUAUGGCAUGUCAAGUGAAUGAUACAGCAACUGCAGCUGGAUCCUCAGGUGAACUUCUGUCUAGAAAAUGUGUUGGUCUUUUGAAGACAGCAUUGAAACCUGAUGUUUGGCCUAAUGCAGAAUUAAAAUUAGCAUGGUUUGAUAAACUCUUAAGUACUGUGGUUUAUGUUGAAGCUGGUCCUUCAACUUCAUCUAUUAUGAAUGUAAGAAGAACAAUACCGACAAAUGAUCCGCAAGAAUUAAAGAGAGUACGAAAUCCUUCAGGCACCAAUGUAAAACCAGUUCCAGACAGUAAUCGACCAGUGGAUAAAGCUCAUGCUGAUGCAGUUGUUAAUUUUCUAUUACGUAUGGCAUGUCAAGUGAAUGAUACAGCAACUGCAGCUGGAUCCUCAGGUGAACUUCUGUCUAGAAAAUGUGUUGGUCUUUUGAAGACAGCAUUGAAACCUGAUGUUUGGCCUAAUGCAGAAUUAAAAUUAGCAUGGUUUGAUAAACUCUUAAGUACUGUGGUAAUCAAAUCUGUACACAGUCUUCUAUCAAGACUAAUGAGUAUUUUUCCUACUGAACCAACAACUUCCAAUGUAGCUUCAAAAUAUGAAGAAUUAGAAUGUUUGUAUGCUUCUGUAAGUAAAGUUGUAUAUGAAGGGCUCAGCAAUUAUGAAAGCAGAGGAGCAACUACUUCUAGUCUAUUUGGCACAUUAAUGAUUUUGAAGGCAGCUUGUAUUAAUAACCCAUGUUACAUAGAUCGAUUGAUUACAUCCUUUAUGAAAGUUCUGCAAAAGAUGACUAGAGAACAUCUAAAUCCUUCUCCUCCUGAAACGAGUCCAAUGGGUACAGAUUUACUUAUUCUUAGUCUUGAUCUUGUGAAAAAUCGUGUUGGAGUUAUGGGACAAGAAAUGAGAAAAGCAUUUAUUGGAACAAUUUUGGUUGGUCUAAUUGAAAAAUCACCAGAUGUCAAAGUAUUGAAAGCAAUAACUAAAAUGGUAGAAGAUUGGGUUAAAAGCAAAAGCCCAAUAGCAGUUAAUCAAUCUCCAACACUGAGAGAAAAAUCAAUCUUAUUAGUGAAAAUGAUGCAAUUUAUUGAAAAACGCUUUCCUGAUGAUUUGGAGCUUAAUGCACAAUUUUUAGAAUUAGUUAAUUAUGUAUAUAGAGAUGAAACCUUAAAAGGAACUGAAUUAACUUCAAAAUUGGAACCUGCUUUUAUGGCAGGAUUGCGCUGUGUACAGUCUGAUAUUAGAGCAAAAUUUUUUGAAGUAUUUGAUGCAAGUAUGAGAAAACGGUUACAUGAUAGAUUGUUAUACAUUGUUUGUUCACAGAAUUGGGACACAAUGGGCCCUCAUUUCUGGAUUAAACAAUGUUUAGAAUUACUACUUGUAACUGCAGUAACUACAACAACUAUUCAAAGUUCAACAACUACUUCUUUGCUUCCUUCUGUUACAUCUGUUAUUAACUUAGCUGAUUCUCAAGAAAGAGCUAACUUUGCUAUGGUAACAUCUGUAAAAGAAGAACCAGCUGAUGUUGAUUGUGUUGAAAACAAAGAUGAUGAAGAAAUAGAUAUUGAAUUAUCAUCAACAGAAGAUGGUCAUACUAAAAGUGUUCUUUCUGAGAGUACAUCAAUUGGGCAUUUAAGAAAAGAAACAGAUCCUCAUCAGAAUUUACAACAACAAAUAAUUAGGCAAGCUAAAUUUAUAGAAGGAUUAAAAGAAGUAAAAACAAUUAGUUUUUUGACAGCAACUAGUCAGCUCUGUCAUUUUGAUACAUCACUUGCUCAGCAUCUUUGGAUUCAAGUAUUUCCUAAAUUAUGGAAAAUUUUAAGUGAUAAACAGCAGAAUGUUUUGGCCAGUGAAUUGAUACCUUUUCUGUGUAGUGGCAGUCAUGUUGUACAAAAAGAUUGUCAUCCAAGUGCAAUUGGAACUUUUAUGGAAGCCCUUUCUCAAUGUGUACCAUCUGUUCCAAUCAAGCCUUCACUUCUUAAGUAUAUUGGAAAAUCACAUAAUCUAUGGCAUAGGUCAAGUUUAUUGCUUGAAAAUAUGGCUUUUGAAAAAGGAGUUGCACCUCAAGUAAAAUCAAGAGGAGCUUCUGCAGCCGAUUGUUAUGAAUUUGAGCCAGUUACUUCACCACAACAUGAAACACUUGAUGCUCUUGCAGAUAUGUAUUCAAUGUUAAAAGAAGAAGAUCUGUGGGCUGGAUUAUGGCAAAAAAGAGCAAAAUAUACAGAAACCAACAUUGCAAUAGCUUAUGAACAGCAAGGUUUCUUUGAACAAGCUCAAGGUGCAUUUGAAUUGGCAAUGAGUAAAGCUAGACAAGAUCAUAAUACUGCACCAGCUUCACCAGCUUUACAUAGUGAAUAUAGAUUAUGGGAGGAGCACUGGAUUAGAUGUUCAAAAGAGCUUAAUCAGUGGGAUAUGCUGCUAGAUUAUAGUACUACAAAAGGCUGCAGUAAUCCACCUCUGAUUCUGGAAAGUGCUUGGAGAAUACCUAAUUGGACUUUGAUGAAAGAGGCUCUUGCUCAGGUGGAAAAUAGCUCUCCAAAAGAAAUGCCUUGGAAAGUGAACUUAUAUCGAGGUUAUCUUGCAAUUUGCCAUCCUGAUGAACAUCAUUUAAAUAUUGUUGAACGUGUUGUAGAAGUAGCAACUGGUUUGUGUAUUAGAGAAUGGAGACGACUUCCACAUAUUGUAUCACAUAUACAUUUACCAAUGCUACAAGCAGCUCAGCAAAUUAUGGAAUUACAGGAAGCUGCACAGAUACACCAAGGUCUUUUACCAACUCAUAUGGCACGUACAACUAGUUUACAUGAUAUGAAGGCAAUUGUUAAGACAUGGCGUAAUCGUUUACCGGUAUUGAGUGAUGAUCUUUCACAUUGGAGUGAUAUUUUCACAUGGCGACAACAUCAUUAUCAAGCAAUUGUAUCUCAUUAUGAAGUAAAUCAAGGCACACAGACUGCAGUUGAAAGUAAUCAAGCAAUGCUUGGUGUACAUGCAUCUGCUCAGUCAAUUAUUCAUUAUGGAAAAAUAGCAAGGAAGCAUAAUCUAACAGGAGUUUGUUUAGAUACUUUGAACAGAAUACAUAGCAUUCCAAGUGUGCCAAUUGUGGAUUGUUUCCAAAAAAUUCGUCAGCAGGUGAAAUGUUACUUGCAGAUGUCUAGCAUUAUGGGAAAGAAUGAAUUACAAGAGGGAUUAGAAGUAAUUGAGUCAACUAAUCUUAAAUAUUUUGGCAAGGAGAUGAUAGCAGAGUUUUAUGCACUUAAAGGAAUGUUUUUAGCCCAAAGUGGAAGAUCUGAUGAAGCCAAUAAGGCUUUCAGUGCUGCAGUUCAAAUGCAUGAUACUUUAGUCAAAGCAUGGGCAUUGUGGGGUGAUUAUUUGGAAUCAAUAUUCACAAGAGAUCGAUGGGAAAGUCGACAGAUUCAUGUAGGAAUCUCUGCUCUUACUUGUUAUUUGCAUGCUUGUCGUCAUCAGAAUGAAAAUAAAUCUCGAAAGUAUCUUGCUAAAGUAUUGUGGCUUUUAAAUUAUGAUGAUGAAAAAUCUUCACUUGCGGAAGCAGUUGAUAAAUAUAAUGUUGGUGUUCCUCCUGUGCAAUGGUUACCUUGGAUACCACAACUUCUAACAUGCCUUGUUCGUUUUGAAGGAAGAGUAAUAAUGAAUCUAUUAAGUCAUGUAGGACGUAUGUUUCCUCAAGCUGUAUAUUUUCCUAUACGCACAUUAUAUCUCACAUUAAAAAUUGAACAAAGAGAAAGAUAUAAAAGUGGAGAACUGACUUUACAGGCUGAUGUACGGCGGUCUGGAAAUCAAGUAUCUAGUCCUGCUCCUUCUCAUUCAAUUGGUAGCUUAUCUUCAUCUCCAUCAACAUCCACUUCUUCAACAGAAGGUGUUCCAAACAUUCCUGUCAAUUCACCUAAUACAACAGAAUCACAUCAAUCUUCUCAGCAACAACAAGCAUCAGAAACGGGUCCUAUUCGAGCCACACCACCAAUGUGGCGGUGUAGUCGCAUAAUGCACAUGCAGCGUGAUUUACAUCCAACAAUACUUUCUUCCUUGGAAGGAAUUGUUGAUCAGAUGGUUUGGUUUCGAGAAAAUUGGUAUGAGGAAGUGUUAAGGCAGCUGAGACAGGGUUUGGCAAAAUGUUAUGCAGUUGCAUUUGAAAAUCGAGGUGCUGUAUCAGAAGCACCAGUGACACUACAUACAUUAAAUUUUGUAAAAAAACUGGUUUCAACAUUUGGAGUUGGUAUUGAAAAUGUUUCUAGUGUUACAACAACUUUUUCUAGUGCUGCAUCUGAAUCUCUUGCUAGACGUGCUCAAGCAACAGCACAAGAUCCAGUUUUUCAAAAGAUGAAAGGACAGUUUACAGCUGAUUUUGAUUUUAGUGUUCCAGGUGCAAUGAAACUUCAUAAUUUAAUUAACAAAUUGAAGAAAUGGAUUAAAAUUUUAGAAGCAAAAACAAAAUUGCUACCAAAAUCAUUUUUGAUAGAAGAAAAAUGUAGAUUUUUGAGUAAUUUUUCUCAACAAACAGCAGAUGUUGAAGUUCCAGGAGAAUUUCUUUUGCCAAAACCCUUUUCUGUUACUUUGCAACAUGGUCAUUAUUUUCUGAGGAUAGGAAGAUUUAUGCCAAGGGUUGAGAUAGUACAGAAACAUAAUACUGCUGCUCGACGACUCUAUAUUAGAGGCCAUAAUGGAAAAAUUUGUCCGUAUCUUGUUGUUAAUGAUGCAUGUUUGAGUGAUGCAAGACGUGAAGAGCGUGUUCUUCAGUUGCUAAGAAUGCUCAACAAUUAUUUGGGUAAACAGAAAGAAACAUCGCGUCGAUUCUUAAAUUUUACGGUGCCACGUGUUGUUCCUAUCAGUCCACAAAUGAGAUUAGUUGAAGAUAAUCCAACAUCUGUGUCACUUUUGGAUAUUUAUAAGCAGAGAUGUGCAAAGCGGGGUAUUGAACAUGAUGCUCCUAUUGCUCGCUAUUAUGAAAGAUUGGCUACAGUACAAGCAAGAGGUUCUCAGGCUAGUCAUCAAGUACUAAGAGACAUUCUGAAAGAUGUACAAAGUAUUAUGGUUCCUAGAGAUAUGAUGCGUGAAUGGGCAUCUCACACUUAUACAGGUGCUACUAAUUAUUGGACAUUCCGGAAACAGUUUACAUUGCAACUGUCUCUAGCAGGAUUUGCAGAAUUUGUGCUUCAUUUGACUCGUCUGAAUCCAGACAUGAUGUACAUUCAUCAAGAUUCUGGUCUCAUGAAUAUCUCAUAUUUUAAAUUUGAUGUGGAUGAUGGAACUGGUGAACUGGAUGCCAAUCGACCUGUUCCUUUCCGUUUGACUCCAAAUAUAUCAGAAUUUAUCACACCCAUUGGUGUUGGUGGCCCUAUGACUGCAGCAAUGAUUGCCACAGCUCGAUGUUUGGUUCAGCCUAAUUUUAGAGUUCAGGCAUUACUGAGAGCAAUUUUGAUUGAUGAAAUUCUGGCUUGGUAUAAAAAGCGACAAGAUGAAUCACCCUGUACUGCUCAAGGUGACACAGAAGGGGAGUUGAUUACUAUGGUUACAAAAGCUGUGGUUGCCAUUAUGGGAAGGUUACACAAUUUAGCAACAUUUGAUGGGGCUGACAGUAAAGUGAGUACUCUAGUUGCAGCAGCAAAUAGCCAUGACAACUUGUGCAGAAUGGAUCCAGCAUGGCAUCCUUGGCUAUGAGUAGUUUUUUUGUAAUCUUGUAAAAUAUUCAUCUCAGAUAACAUCAACCUUUUUUUUAAUUUAAACAUUUAAAAAAAUAAUAAAAUCAUUUCCAUUCCCAUAUUUAAGAUUCAGAAGUCUUCAUAUUGUAAAUGUAUAAAUGAAACAAGCCAAGUAACAUUUGUAGAAUUUAAUAUAACAUGUACAAAAAUUUUGCAUAUUUGCAUACUUUUGUGAAUGUAAA